CAGAGAAGAAGAACGUUGCCCGGGUAACAGCAGCAAAAGCCCAAGGGUUUGUUUUGCCAGCUCUGCGGAAACAACCACAUUUGAAAUAACUGGCGAAAAGGACAAAACGGCAUUAAAGGUUGCGGCGCUAUGGCGAGUCAGCGGCCUCCCUCCAGCAUGGGUCGGCCUCUGAGUCGUACUGGAUCAGUAGUCCCAGGAAGCGGAAGACCUUUAACAGCAGUUCGACCUCCUCCUACAGCUAUACGCAUACCAACUGGGAUGGUUCCGGCUACAGGUGUUCAUCCUGGUAUGCGGGCUCUCACGACCACGCCUGGAGUUCUGUCAGCACAGAUCAAAGUGACCGAUAGGCCUGUGACUCAACAAGGCCUAAGUGGUAUGAAGACUGGGUUAAAGGGACCUCAAAGACAAAUUCUGGACAAGUCUUAUUACUUGGGUCUUCUCAGGAGUAAGAUCAACGAGUUAACCACAGAGAUCAGCAAACUCCACAAAGAGAUCGACACCUUCAACCAGGAAAACUCUGUCUAUCUGUCCUACGAGAAAAGAGCUGAAAGUCUAGCUGCAGAGAUCCGAGAUCUGCAGGGCCAGCUUGCUGACUACAACAUGUUGAUGGACAAGCUUAACACCAACGCAGACAUGGAGGAAAUGAUCAACGACUACAACAGUUUAAAAGCUCAGAAUGAAAGAGAGGCUGAAAGCAUUGACAGCAUCUUUAUUGAGAGAAGAGAAAGGGAGGACGCCAUCAGGGUCAUUGAAGAAGAAAUCAAGAAGGAAAGGCGUGUUGCCGAGGAGAUUGUCCAAGCCAUGCCAGCUGCAAAGCAGAAGAAAUAUUUCACCAUGACGACAGCCAAUGAGGAACUACUACAGGAGCUGGGUCUUCUCCAAGAGGAACUGGAUGCCCUGCUGACCCGGAAGGAGGAGUACGAAGCAGAGCUGGCCCACUCACAGAUAAAACAGGAAGUGGUUCGACUCCACGAAACUUUGUCAACACUGGAGGCGAAGCGGGACAACAUGGAUGCGGAACACAAGAGCUUCAGCACGCCUCAGGAGGAAAGAGAGAAACUGUUGAAACAGGUGAAAGAGGACAAUCAGGAAAUUGCCAGCAUGGACAGACAGCUGGUGGAGAUCAGAGACAGGACCGGUCAAAUCGCAGAAGAGAUCCGCCAACAAGAGCAGGACUCAGAGGAAGCUCAAGGGGAAUGUCAGCAGAAGUACAAGGAGCUGAAGAGGAAAGAGGAGGACAUUGAUGGAUUCCUGCAGGCCUUUGAGGAUUUAAGGACCCAGGAGCAGAGUAAGAUGGCCCAGAGCCAGGAGAACAUCGUCUCCCUCUUGGAGCACUGCAGCAGGAACAUGUUGCGGCUCCGUCGGGUGGACACAAUUACAGCCAGCGAGCUGAGGAACAUGCAGGACGUGCUGGUCAACAAGGAGACGGAGGUGUCGCAGUCAGCCAGCACUGCCAGGGGACUGACCACUGAGUCCCAUCGCCUGCAGCAGGACCUGGAGAAAGUGCAGCAGCUGGAAGGCAAGAUCACGGGAGAGCUGUUCACAUUGAAGGAAACCGUCAAACAGAUGGAGUCGGAGCUGCUCACCUACAGGGACCUGGAAAGCCUGAGACACACGGCAGACGAGAGGAAGAUGAGACUGCAGGAAGAGCGAGUUUCCCUCACACAACGGCGAGAUUCAUUCCGACAGCUUUUGGAGGAGUUGAGCCAGAAAUAUGAGGCGCUGAAGACCAAACUCGAGGAAAACGAGACCCAUGCGCAGCUAGCUAACCUGGAGAGGAAGUGGCAACAUUUGGAGCAGAACAACUUUGUCAUGAAAGAAUUCAUCGCCUCGAAAUCCCAGGAGAGUGACUUCGCCUCCGUUUCCAAGAACGUCUACGAACAGAUAACCGAUUACAACAAGUGCCUCAUAGAGUCACUGCAGAACAUCAGGAGCUGAAUACACAUAUAAGUGAUGCAGCCAAAUUAAUCAUUUCUGUAUUGAAUACAAAUUCUAAGUUAUAGUUUUUUUUUGUGUGUGUAAAAUAGGUUUGAUACCAUUACACUAACAGCAUAGUUGCCCAAGUCAUUUUCAACUUACUGUCACAAUAUUGUAAAUCUUAUCAAAACUACCAAUGUGUUUGCUAAAAAUAUUUUUUUUCUUAAUGUAGAAAAAUGUCAGUCAUCCAGGUUGUGGUAAUCAGCAAAAGUUGAGUUGAGGUGACUUGAAUCGUUUUUUUUGGGGUUUUUUUUCCCCUUGUUCAAAAAGGUAAUUAUGAAAUGAAUGAAAUUAUGCAAAUUGGAUUGUUAAAUCAGAAAACCUCAUUUUAGAUAAAAUCUGGAAUUAAACCAAAAUUUCCAAGAAUGUGCAAGCAAAAACGUUUUGAACAGUUCAAACCGCCUUAUUACCGUUGCAUUUUUACAGUGGUUAUUUUCUAGUAGCGUGACAUAGCUCAAACGUCUUAUGGUUUGGUUCUUUGUACCCUUGUAAUACUACGGAAAGCCAUUUGAGCUUUUAUUGGAUAUCAUAGCCGCCAGUCAAUCGCAGCUCACUUGACCUGAUGUCAAUAAAAUGGAAAUCCUAA